UCUGCAUCAUGGCUGCUUGGUCUCUGUGGGCGUUCCAGCGGCGGGUGCAGCGCCUCCUGGCCUCGCGUAGCAGGAUAUGGCUUCACCCAUUCAGCACUGCCACCCAGAGAACUGCAGGUGAAGACUGCAGUUCUGAGGACCCUCCUGAUGAGCUUGGGCCCUCUCUUGCUGAACGAGCCUUAAAGCUAAAAGCUGUUAAACUGGAAAAGGAAGUUCAGGAUUUAACACUGAGAUACCAGAGAGCUGUAGCUGAUUGUGAAAACAUAAGGAAAAGAACCCAGAGAUGUGUGGAAGACGCCAAGAUAUUUGGAAUCCAGAGUUUCUGUAAGGACUUGGUGGAGGUAGCAGACAUUUUGGAGAAGACUACUGAGUGCAUUUCUGAAGAAACAGAACCUGGGGACCAGAAGCUCACUCUGGAGAAAGUUUUCCGAGGGUUGUCACUUUUAGAAGCAAAGCUGAAAAGUGUAUUUGCCAAGCAUGGCCUGGAGAAGAUGGCUCCCAUCGGUGAUAAAUACGACCCUCAUGAGCAUGAACUCAUCUGUCAUGUGCCAGCUGGUGUUGGAGUACAACCUGGCACAGUGGCGUUAGUAAGGCAAGAUGGCUACAAACUUCAUGGCCGUACCAUUAGACUUGCUCAAGUGGAAGUGGCAGUGGAAUCUCAGAGAAGAUUAUGAGCAGGCCCUGAAGAACUGAAUGUUCUCCCAGAGUGCAGUCACCUGUGUUUCCUUUAUUUAUUAAACUAGGUUUGUAUUGUACAUGAGGUACUUCAUGUGAUCUGUUUUGGAUUUAGUCAUAUUGGCUUUAUUUCUAUGAUACUCUAUUGAUUUUAUGUGACCUGUUUGGUCUCAUCAGAAGUCUUGCCAUUGAGCAUUUGAACAAUGUGACAAGUGUUCCUGUGGCCUUUAUCAAAAUAUGUUUAUGAAAAUUAUUUUUAAACUGGUACUCUGAUGACUUCAGAUCCAAAAUCAUCUUCUUAACUGUAUUUUCAACUAAUGGUUGAAAUUAGUACAAUAUCUUGUAUAGUGUUUUGUAUUCUGUGGGAAAAGGAGACAGUAGGGAUUAGUUCAACAUUUGGGUAUUUAGAUGAUAAAGUUUUACACUUGUAUAUGUUUAGAUUGGAUUGUUUGGAUUGGUUUUUAUAGAGAGAGAUUUUUCAGGAUUUCCCCCUUUUGUUUUAUUCUUUACUGUUUAUCCAUCUUUUGUCCUUGUAGUCCCAGCUAAGCUUCAUUAUUUACUUUGUUUUGUGAUACUUACCCCUUUCCAAUUCCACUUGGAAGGUAGAGAACAUCAGGAAAUUCAAGGAACCUACAUCCCUUUAAAGCAAGGAAUUAUUUUUUAGCCUCACUAGGUAUACAGUAAUUUCAGGUAAAAUGAGGCAGCACCAACAGCUAAUGACCCCAAAUGAGUCUGUAUUGGUAAUUACCCACAACUGCUUAUUCCACCUGUCCCAACUCCUAUGCCUUAUUGGUUAAAUUUGCCUUAGGAUCCUAUAUUAGAUUAUGUGGAGAAGUGAUCAGGACAAAAAUGUUACAUUCCCACAAUUUCUCAUUUCACUUGGUUGUAUUGAAAUUUUUUUUUUCUUUAAUUGGUUCUAACAAACCACUGCUUCUCUUACAUUGACAAACUUUAUUUUUUUUUGUUUUUGCAGUGUUGGGGGUUGAACCCAAGGUCUCAUGCAUGCUAGACAAAUGCUCUGUCACUAUGAUACAUUCCCAAGCCUGUCAAGCCUUUAUCCAUAGUUUUUGUAUCCAUCUUAAGUCAAAUUUGUAUAAACAUUUAGCUUCCCUCUUUUUUUUAAUAUUUAUUUUUUAGUUAUAGGUGGACACAUCUUUUAUUUUUAUGUGGUGCUGAGGA